GUCAUGAGACAAGCGACCAUACAACCACAGCGCAACGACCGACGCACCUUCCGACCUCACCCCGCCUGUCUGCGCCCCGGUCUGGGAUGCUUUUAGCGCAGAGACGCCUCCGCUCAGGGCAGCCAGUGGACAUCGAAGCAGAUCAUCCACACUUUUUUCGUUGUCGUUAUUAUUUUUAACCAAGGAUCAUUCCCCCCGCAGCCCCCUCCCAUUUCUAAGUGUUUAUGUUUAUUUCUUCAUGACUGCUGCUUUGGGAAGCGAGUCUCAACACCAGCUCCAGCAACGCCAACAUGCGAGCCCAAAUCGAAGUUAUACCAUGCAAAAUCUGUGGAGACAAAUCCUCAGGUAUCCACUAUGGAGUCAUUACAUGUGAGGGAUGUAAGCCAUGCUUUGUUGACAUGUAACCAGGGUUUCUUCAGACGAAGUCAGCAGAACAACGCCUCCUACUCCUGCCCCCGACAGAGGAACUGCCUCAUUGACAGAACAAACCGCAACCGCUGCCAACACUGCCGCCUGCAAAAAUGUCUCGCCUUAGGAAUGUCCAGAGAUGCGGUAAAGUUUGGCCGCAUGUCCAAGAAGCAACGUGACAGUCUGUAUGCAGAGGUCCAGAAGCACCAGGCACGACUGCAGGAGCAGCGACAACAGCAGACAGGCGAAGCAGAAGCUCUGGCACGCGUUUACUCAUCCAGCCUAUCCAAUGGACUGUCCACCCUUAACCAUGAGAUUGGCGGCACCUAUGCCAAUGGUCAUGUUAUUGAGAUGCCCAAAGGUGGCCAGGGCAACGGAGGUGGUGUCCCAGGGGGCUACUAUGGGAUGGAUUCUACCCAGCCAUCUCCAGACCAGUCAGGUUUGGACAUGUCAGGCAUGAAGCACAUUAAGCAGGAGCCCGUGUAUGAUCUGACGCCUGUACCCAACCUGUUCAGCUACGGGGGCUACCAGGACAGUCAGCUGGGACACAGUAAUGUCAUCAUGGGAGAGCUGGACCGCAUUGCUCAGAAUAUCAUCAAGUCCCACUUAGAGACAUGUCAGUACACAACAGAGGAGCUGCAGCAGCUAGCCUGGCAGACACACUCCUAUGACGAAGUCAAGAUGUACCAGAGCAAGCCCCGGGACAUGCUGUGGCAGCAGUGUGCCAUUCAGAUCACCCAUGCAAUCCAGUAUGUAGUGGAGUUUGCCAAGCGCAUCUCAGGGUUCAUGGAACUGUGCCAGAACGACCAGAUCCUCCUGCUCAAGUCAGGUUGUUUGGAGGUGGUCUUGGUGCGGAUGUGCAGGGCAUUCAACCCUCUCAACAACACUGUGCUCUUUGAAGGGAAAUACGGAGGCAUGCAGAUGUUCAAAGCUCUAGGUUGUGAUGAUUUAGUGAGUGCGGUGUUUGACUUCGCCAAGAGUUUGUGUUCUCUUCAGCUGACAGAGGAGGAGAUUGCUCUGUUCUCGGCAGCUGUACUAAUUUCCACAGAUCGCCCAUGGCUGAUGGAGCCUCGGAAAGUCCAGAGGCUCCAGGAGAAGAUCUACUUUGCUCUGCAGCAUAUUAUGCAGAAGAACCACAUGGAUGAAGAUGCGCUGGCCAAGCUGAUCAGCCGAAUUCCAACACUGUCAGCCCUGUGCACACUCCAUACCGAGGAGCUCCAGGCCUUCCAGCAGCUCCACCCAGAAACAGUCAACGUACUCUUCCCUCCACUCUACAAAGAACUCUUCAACCCCGACCCCAACUCUGCCAUGGCCAUGCCCAAGUGACUGCCUGUGGUCCCACUACAACAAAUGGCACAAGCAGAUGACCCAGAAAAUAAGACCACAGCUAUGUGGCAACCAGAUAUUUCUGAGCUCCUCGAGCUCUACUUCAGGCCAGGGGUUGAGGAGUCAUCUGCCAGAAACGUAGUGACCACCAACAAUACUAGGAAUGUCCAGCACUUACACCAUCCUGUUCACCGAUACAGUCUGAAGAAUGUGUAUAAAUGAAACGUGCCCUGAGCCACAGCCUGAGCGGGGCCUCCUCCUGUCUUCUGAACUGAACUGACUGACCAGAAAUGUACAGAUUUUAAAACAUCUAGGAACAAUUUUAAGCUGUCAGUCUUUUUAAAAAAAAAAGGUAAGUUAAUUUGUUAUAAAAUUGAAAACAAUUGUUUUUGUUUGAUUUUUUUUCACAUGAAGGAAAGGUGAAGAUGAAGAAUCUGAAUAUGAGAGGGAACUAUGAAUUUAGAGCUAUUGUAGAUAUUCUUCUAGUGCAGAGCAGAUUCCAGUAUUACUUCUUGUUCUGUUAAAAUAAGUUAGUCCUAAUUUAAAUAUACAGCAGUCCGAUCUGGCUGGCUAUAACUUGUGUAUGUGUUUUAUUUUAUUUCAUGGUUUCUUGUAUACAGAAUUUGUAAAGUUGAGGAAAAAGAAUAUUGGGUAAAAACCGGCAGUUCACUUGGGUUUGUUAAUAUAUAGAAGCCUUGUCUGGAUUUUGUUCAUAUGUAGAGCAGGAACUGCAUCCUUCUGAUGAGAACUUAUAGAAAUGUAAAAAGAGCAUAUGAAGGAUUUUAAAAGAAAAUUAUGGCUACUACUUUCAAGUUGAAGAUAUGUACAUAAAUAUUCUAUUUUGGAAGAAAAAGAAUCUGGCAGAUUUGCCAUCCUAUCAAUCAUUUAUUUUUUUCUCACUGCAAUAAUUGUGUUCAACAAAAGCCGGAAUGCUUUCGAACAAUCGACCAGAAACAACCAAUCAGAAACUAGGACCUCACAAUAAGCCCCACCUCUUCCCAAAUUCCCCUCACCUUUAAUAUAACUCACAAUGUUCAAUCUUCUAAGAGCUGUAUGAGUGCUGUGCCCUCACCCCUCCAAUCACUAUUUGCACAAUCCGGUCCAUGGAUUUCAAUCACACGGGGCUGUGAAUAUGAAGGACCCCUUUCUUUAAAGAGCAAUAACUUUCACACUGGCAUUCUGAUCUUACUCCUCUCCUUUCCUCCUCUUCCUGUUUUUAGCUGUUCAGAACAGGGUAGCAGUCUUAACUGGCAUGCAAUGUGUGUGACUCUUGAUCAUUUCCACAGAUGUUACUCAUUCCACCACAGACUCUGCAGUGUUUUUAAUUCGACACAGUGUGAUCUGGGGUUAGUGCAUAUAGUAUGUUUGAUAGAGCACUGACCGAAAGAUGUGAAGAAGUGCAGAUUACCCAUAAAUGAGCUCUAAUACCAUUUAAAUUGCAUUAUUACGUAAUCUAUAGAGAAAACUGUGAUAGACAAUCACUUUGUGCUUUUUUCUAAAUCAUUCCAUAAUUAUGAGCACUUAUGGAUUUCUUUCUUUCUAUAUUGUUUUGUUGACUGGCAUUUGGCCACUGUGUGAAGUCAACGGGGCAUGUAUACCAUCUGAGCAUGUUACUGUAAUUUUCUGGCAGUUAUCCGUCUUUUGUGCUGAAGGAAUAAUGUGAAAAAUCACUGAGGAUACAUGUGAUUUAGAGGUUUGUGCAGUUCUGCAUUUAGCCACUAGAUGCUCUUUAUGCUUUGCCUGUGUAAAGACAUCUUUAAUGAGCCAUGAUGACUAAGGAGCUUCCUUUUAAUAUGACAUAUGAGUGACAUACUACACAAUAUUAGCACAAAAUUAAUCAACUGAUGGUACUUUUUUGGUUUGUUACUUAAAUACUUGAUAAAAUGACAAAUUUGCUGAAUUUUUAUCUACAACUUUAAUUACUAUGACUAUUCACGCACUAAAGGUGCCUGUUGUUUGCACAUGUGCACUGCACAGUGGCCAAAUUUCUACCUUCCUAUAGGCAUAGACACAGACUGGUUAUGUAUUCAUUAACAAUAAGGCUUGAUCCAUGCACAUUUUCAUCUUUCCAUACGUUUUCUGUGUGGUGACCUAAACAAUGUCGACAGCAUGGGGAAUGAGCAUCAAUGUUAAACAUGAGCAAUCUGCUCACAUCCAUUUGUUCCAUGCUGUCCAUUACCCAGGUUCCUCCAAAGCCCAGGAUCCUUCCUUCGACCCCUGACCCAACCUCAGAUCAGAGGCCAGUGACUCUUAAAGACAAUCACUUGCUCAUUAAGGCUUGAUGCACUACCCAGCAUCUCUCAGGGAGCAGCUGUUUUUCUGACUUUGCAUUAAAAGAGGGAUUCAUAUUUUUGCAAAUUUACAAAAAAUGCAAUUAGAAAAUAACUUUUUAGGAUAAAAAAUGGCGUACGCUGCUGCCAAUGUAUGCCAGUGAUGGAAUCUGCCCAGACAAGGCUUUGAUAAGUGUGUGUCUGUGUGUAUGCGUCUAUAGAGCAUGAAUUCACUGUCCAGAU